AUGCCGUCAUUAAUAACCUCAACUGAAGCACCGGCGGGAAAACCGGGAGUUGUACUAGCAUUGAGUAUUGUUUUGGUAAUUCUCGUCAUUCUCCUUGUUAUUUCCAUAUUUCUUCUAUUAUAUUGUGUGCUCAAGCGGCAAGGAGAAAGAGCAAAACGAAGAAAGCGUAGCGGUUAUGAACAAAGACGACAGCAUCGAAUGCAAUCGACGAUGGACGUGACAGAUUCAGCAAGGAAAGCGAAGGUAUCACAAAUUGCAGCCAGCAUUGAAGCAGCUGUAAAGUCAGCUGAAUUACCUAAGCCAUCCAAACAAACGCCACCAGUUACUGCACCACUUGCAGCUGUACGACCAAGAGCAAAAUCGAUAUCAAAAAAAUUACCGCCAAUAACACCACAGACGCAGUCGGAAACCUCGGUAGAAGCACCAUCAUCACUAUUUAUCAACCAAAUUUUUAUAAAUCGUUGGCGUGGUCCAUGGCAACAGGUAGACCAUGAACCAUCCGACUUUUCAUACGAAUUAGAAUCAGAUAGUGUUAAUGAUGAUAUUUGUUUGCAACCGUUAUGA